GUUCUGGUGUGACCUCAAACAUAACCCCAGCUGUAAAAGCGUUUGAGUAGUGUACUUCGACAAGGAUGUGAAUUAACGACUUUUUCUGACGCUCCAAGCACCUCUGCAUACGUCUUUCAACCUCAGAAGGAACCACCGAGGAUAUAUCUUGUUCUGUCUACGAGGGUUUCGUUUCCAGUGGAGUUUCUGCGGAGAAAACGGCGGCCAGGUGUGGUUUGUCAGACGACACUGCUGACGGAACCGUCCGCCAUUUUUCAAACUUCAAACUUGGACCGUGGCUGUGCUCGUGGCUACUGUGGAGUGUUUGUGGCGAUCGUGUACGGAGCAGUUCGUCCAGAAUAUACUCCUGACCACCCCGUGCUGUUAAGGAUACAGGGAAGUACAGAGAAAAUGUUAUUAUGCAACGGGAAGACUCACAAAUCCUGGUUGCCAAGACUUGAAGUGGUUGGCCGUAGUAGCUAGCGGAAUCUCAAGAUGUCAAAAAUCGCUACUGGAAGGGGCAGCUAGCCGCAACAUGUGAGCUACAGACAAAUAUCUAUCACAUUGAAAGGAUUUUUGUAAAAGAUUAGAUACUAUUAAAUCCACUCAUCAAGCUCUGAAGCGUACGGAAAACAUCCCAAAGUCGAGAGAACUUUGAGAAACAAAAAUGGGUGCCUGUUUGAGUCUGGACUCGGAAGAGAGGAAAGCUCGGAUAAGAAGCGAUGAGAUCGACAGACAACUUCAGUACAUGGCCAAGGAAGACAGCUCUGUUAUCAAGAUCCUGCUACUUGGUGCAGGAGAGAGUGGGAAGAGCACCUUAGUAAAACAGAUGAAGAUCAUACACAGCCAGGGUUUUUCACAAGAGGAGCUGAACAGUUUUAAGCCUACUCUAAUGGACAACUUGCUGAGUACCAUGAAGUUUGUGCUGAGUGGCAUGGGGCUGCUACGGAUCAACCUGUCCAACCCAAACAACAAGAUCCAUGCGCAGACAGUACUGUCCUCCAGACGAGGGUUUGGAGAGGACCUGAUCAUGUUCCCUUUUGUAACCCACGCCCUGAGGUGUCUGUGGAGUGACCAGGGAGUCAGGCUGGCUGUGGCCAGGGGCUACGAGUAUGAGCUCAACGACUCAGCGCUGUACUUGUUUGAGAACAUGGACAGGAUCUGCCAUGAGAAGUUCCAGCCCAAUUCAGAAGACGUGAUACGGGCCCGAGUCAGAACUACAGGCAUCCUGGAGACGGAGUUUGCCAUCAGUGGGAUCAUGUUUAGGAUGUUUGAUGUUGGUGGUCAGAGGUCAGAGAGAAGGAAGUGGAUCCAGUGCUUUGAUGAUGUCAAAGCUAUCCUGUUUGUCACAGCAUUAAGUGGUUAUGACAUGACGUUAUUGGAGGAUUCCAAUGUGAAUCGACUAGAAGAAAGUUUGAGACUUUUCAGCUCAAUUUGCAACAACCUCUUCUUCAAAGACACCUCCAUGAUUUUGUUCAUGAACAAAGUGGACUUGUUCCAGGAGAAGAUUCUUAACUCAGGAAGACACCUCAGAUAUUACUUCCCUUCUUAUACAGGUUCAGAUUGUGAUGUGGACUCCGCUGCUCGUUACAUCCAGCACAUGUUCCAGGGCUGCAACAAGAACCCCUCCAAGGUCAUCUACCCGCACUUCACCACGGCAACCGACACCUCCAACAUCCAGGUGGUGUUCCAGGUCGUCAUGGAUACCAUCAUCAGGGAGAACCUGGAGGCCGCCUCGCUCUUGUAGCAGGAAAGGGACAGUGAUCUGGAAACAGUUUAGUUCAGAUGGACUGAUGAGCUAAGCUCCACUGGUCUUGAGAGCGAAGAUGGACACUAUCUACAGUAAUCACAGGUUCAUUGUACCUGGAAAAUCUUCCUACCGGUAGCUCUUUUUUACAAGUACAGUGAACAGUGGACCACAGCUAAAUGUCUGAUCCUAAGGACUGCAGCCCUCUCCUUUAGCAUGCAUGUUUUUCAAGCAACAACAGCUUCAAACUCCUCCAUCCUCUUGGUACAGAGGCAGAGUUGCUAACAAAUGGACUGUGUACUCUAUGCAGGAAAUUCUUGCUCAUGCUUUUUGAUCCAGCUGAACAAUUGGAGCUUUCAGUGAAAAAGGUUGGACCACUUCUCAGUGACGUGCCCUGCACCCCUAUGGGUGAAAUGGAACUUGCCAUGUUACAGCUGUGUCCUCUCAGCAGAAGCUCUAUUUGGACCAUACCACUACAAGAAAAUGGGCGGGAUGGCAAUCUUUUUUUUUUCAGAAUUCCUUUCCUGAAAGAUAGACAAAUACAAUGUAUAUGAUACAGAAAUUGAAGGUUUCUAGAGUGUUUCCCAUCAUAUCUGCUAAUCAUGUGUCUUUUGGACUAAUUCAAAUGAUGACCAAAGCAAAACAAAAUUGUUACUACAGCAAAUGACAUAUAAACACUAAACUCCUUUACUUUGGUAUACAAAGCUAUUUCAUAACCUUUGUAACUUGUGAAAUGGCAUCUUUUCUACUUGCAGAUACGGAAACAA